CUCGUUUCCUGAAGCUCCGUUCGUUUCCAAUCCGUUGUUCUCCGGUGGCUGAGCAAACCAGAACCUCGACUUCUUCCGCCUCUCUCCCUCAGGUCACUCUUGGCCAUCAAACGGCGACUGGUUCCGGCCAGCAGCAUCUGUGGGUUACCCAGCUGAACUGAAUGAGGUGAUGACUACAUUAUAAGGGUCUCUAAAAUCUCAAAAAGAUCGGAGUAAGAAGAAUACGAAGGAAAGUUAGAGAUGGAGGGCGUCGAGGGAGGAGAUGCCCAUGAGAACCGUGACUCAAAUCUGGCAGAAAGAGAUGUGAAAGCUCGAGUUGAUGCUGUGUGGGAGCAAAUGAACAAAGGGGCUUCUAAUAGUGUACUUCAGUCUCUCUGUAAGAAGCGCACCUCAAACCCUAAAGAAACCAAACGGAAGCCAUCCUCUAAUUGGAUGUCAUAUCUUGGGUUGGCCCAAAAGAAGACUGAACCUUCAGUGGAGGAGAGAACACGGAAGGCUCCUGAUGCUGUUCAAAAUGAUGUUGGUGAUGAGGCUAAGAAGCUUGCUGCUGCUGCACUCUCGGCAGUUAAGGAUGCAGCUGCGGCUGCAAAUGGGAAAGGGAAACUUGAGAUCACUGAGAUUCGAGACUUUGCUGGACAAGAGAUUGAAGUAAAGAAGUUCAUCGAUGCUGAUUCAAAGGAGGCAUCUGAUAGGGGGAAGGCCGCUGCUCCUUCUGCUGUUGAUGCAGUCCUCGAGCAGAUUAAGAAGAAGCCGAAGCUUAGUGUGCUCGACAAGACCAAGAAGGAUUGGGGAGAAUUCAAAGAAGAAAACAAGGGGAUGGAAGAGGAGCUCGAUGCUUACAAGAAGAGCUCGAAUCAGUAUCUCGACAGGGUUUCCUUCUUGCAGCGUGCGGAUUACCGGGAAUUUGAGCGGGAGAGAGAUGCAAGGCUUGCAACGCAAGCGAGGAGGAAGCCCGACAUGCGAGAAGACCUAUGACCAGAGGCGUUAAGAGAGUUUUGUCUGCUCUCGCACCUUCUGAAACUGAAAGGGCAGUGUAUAGUUUAAGUCAUCCAAUUUUUUACGAGUUGCAAUGAGCAUCUAGGCGAACUGAUGUUGACUUGAUUCGGAAUUGUUUCUGUAUGGUCUUAUGGUGCAGGCUUGUUUUCCUCUCUUUACUUAAGAAAUUUAGGUGCUCGGGGUUUGAAGAAA